AUGGACAUCGACGACGAGAUGAUGGUGCAGCUGUUCACGGAGGAGCAGAACACUCAGCCAGGCAAGAGGAGGAACAUCAACCGGCAUCGUGAAGCCGGCGCAAUGUUGCUUGACGCCGACUACUUCAAUGACAACGCGACUCAUUCACCGAAGGAAUUUUGGCGCCGGUUUAAGAUGAACAAGGACCUGUUCUUGAAGAUUGUCCACGACGUCAGGGAGUACGACACGUACUUCAUGGCCAAGAAAUAUUGCACAGGUUUGUGGGGCUUCACCUCAAUUCAGAAGUGCACUUCUUCAACGCGCUGUCUUGCAUACGGAGCUCCUCCAGAUACAGCCAAUGACUACCUACGGAUGGCAGAGUCGACAUGCACAAAGACUCUCUACAGGUUCUGCCGAGCCAUCAUAGCGGUGUUUGGUAAAGACUAUUUGAGAGCACCAAGAGCAGAUGAUACAGCUCGGAUCCUGCAGAAGAAUGCAGCAAGAGGGUUUUCUGGGAUGCUCGGAAGCAUUGACUGUAUGCAUUGGGGCUGGAAGAAUUACCCUUUUGCUUGGUACCCUGCUCUCACUUGGUCUGAGGCACAAAUGUGGGAGUUGAUGAACGCCUGUGUGAUCAUCCAGAACAUGAUCAUUGAGAGCGAGCGCGAUGCACCUGUGAAGGAUGAUCAUCCAUUUGAUUAUCAAGGGCCACUAGCUGAGGUAGAGCAUGUGCCCCAAGAUAUUGCUGCUUUUCUUCAUAUGCACAAUGAAAUUUGA